GCAUAUAUAUAUAUAUAUAUAUAUAGAGAGAGAGAGAGAGAGAGAGAAGGCGUGGCCAAGAAAUAAAAGGGAGCUCAUUUAUUUGAUUCCAAAUUCCCAAGUACGUCUCUGUUUCACCCAGUUGGACUUGGACUUUUUGUUUUUGUUAUAGUUUUUAUAGAAUUUGGGUUACGUUUCGAAUUGUUGAUCAUUUCUCAAUUCAAACGUUUCAAUCCAAGAACCCAUCAUUUACAUAUAUAAAGACAGAAAAUUAAGAAGCUGCAGCAAGUGGUCUUCUUCUUCCUUCACGGAAACCAGAGCAAACGUGUCAUUACAUGGUGUCCGUAAGAAAAGGUGCAGAGGAGGAGGUGGACAAGAGGAAGAACGCGAGUAAUUGCAGUAACAAGGGAAUGCGACUGGGAAAAUACGAGCUUGGAAGGACUCUUGGUGAGGGCAAUUUCGGCAAAGUCAAAUUUGCCAAGAACGUCGACUCUGGACAACCCUUUGCUGUUAAGAUCCUCGAGAAAACCAGAAUCAUUGAUCUCAAGAUCACAGACCAGAUAAAGAGGGAGAUUGGCACUUUGAAGCUCCUGAAACAUCCCAACGUUGUCAGAUUACACGAGGUUGUGGCAAGCAAAACCAAGAUUUACAUGGUCCUAGAAUAUGUUACUGGAGGAGAGUUGUUUGACAAAAUUGUAAGGAGCCCUUACUCUAAUGCACAGCUUUUUGUAUCAGAAGGCAGGAAGUUGAAUAGUUGAUGAUACUAAUAAGUUACUCUCUGUUUCAGGCACACAAGGGAAAACUUACAGAAGCCGAAGGCAGGAGUUCUUGUUGAUGCCAAGGGGAACAUAAAGAUAUCAGACUUUGGCCUCAGUGCUUUGCCCCAGCAUUUUAGGGAAGAUGGGUUGCUUCAUACAACCUGUGGAAGCCCCAACUAUGUUGCUCCUGAGAUUCUUGCUAAUAAAGGGUACGAUGGUGCCACCUCUGAUAUAUGGUCAUGUGGUGUCAUCUUAUACGUCGUUCUUACCGGAUUUCUCCCUUUCGAUGAUAGAAAUCUUGCAGUUCUCUAUCAAAAGAUCUUGAAGGGGGAAGUUCAGAUACCCACAUGGCUAUCACCUGGUGCAAAGAACUUGAUAAAAAAGAUUCUUGAUCCCAACCCUGUUACCAGAAUAACAAUGACAGGCAUCAAGUCAGAUGAAUGGUUCAAGCAGGAUUACUCUCCUGCGAAUCCUGAUGAUGAAGAAGAAGAUAUAAACGUUGAUGAUGAAGCUUUCUCAAUAAAUGAAGUGCCAUCUGAGGGGGAGAGGAGUCCAGACGCCCGGCACUCGCACACCCAUAUAAAUGCCUUUCAGUUGAUUGGAAUGUCCUCAUGUCUAGACCUCUCUGGCUUCUUUGAGAAAGAGGAUGUGUCUGAGAGGAAGAUCAGAUUUACAUCCAACCACUCUGAAAAAGAUUUGCUUGAAAAGAUUGAAGAAAUUGUACUAGAGAUGGGAUAUUGUGUCCAGAAGAAAAAUGGAAGGUUAAAAGUGAUGCAAGAGCACAAAGGGGAGAGAAGUAUGGGUAGUUUAUCAGUUGCAGCAGAGGUGUUUGAGAUAAGCCCAUCUUUAUUUGUUGUUGAAAUAAGAAAGUCAUAUGGUGAUUCUUCUGCAUAUAGACAGUUGUGUGAAAAGCUAUCAAAUGAUUUAGGUGUUCCCGCAAGCCAAGGGUUGUUGACUAGCCAAGUGUGAAAACCAUGUUCUUUGCAAAGUCAAACAACAUGGUAUUUAAAGCCUUGGAGAGAUGUAGAUAGUAUAGAAUCCUAUAUUACGAUUUGUGUAAAUUUUCAGUUUUGGAUGUAUGUCAGUGUUAAUAUGUAAGACUCGAGUAAAUGUGAAAUAUAUUUUUGAUUGCAAGAAGAUAUCCUUGUGAAGAA